CAUUUUACCAUGUUGUGACAAUGGCUCCCCCACCUCCUUCGGCUGGUCAAAAACGCAAGGUAGCCUUCGACAGGCAUGCAAAUGCCUCACAUACGCGUAAACGACAAAAAUUCCAAGAUGCUCGGACUAUCUCUGUCCAGCCCGCCAAUGCUGCGCCCUCCACUAAUGGAAAUCUCAAUGUCGCAUCCUUUAUCAAAGCGAGAGAGUUCGAGAUUGGUGCUCUUGAAAGGAGUAUGCGUAGAACAAGGAAAGCCUUAAACACAAGAGCCUUUCAGCAGGUCCCAAGGCACAUGCGUCGAAGGACUGCGAGUCACAAUGCCAAAAAAGUGCCCAGGCGACUGCGGAAACGGGCAGAACGCGAGAUGAAGGAAGACAACACUCCUACCGUCACAAAACGAACGCGAACACCAUCGAGACGUCUGAGACUUCGGCUAGGGACCGCGAAACUCAUCAAGCAGCUGAACCAGAAGAGGAAAACCGUGCGUCAGAAGAAAAAGGAGGCCAUCUCGAAUGCUAGACAAUCCGACCCUGAAAACCAUAUUUCCAGCACAAGGAUACCAAGAUUGAAGAAGAACACUUUGGUAGAGCCUCCGAAGGCGACAGUAAAGUACAAAAAGAGACAAGUCAACAAGACGUGGCUGCCUACGCAUCUCUGGCAUACCAAGAGAGCACAUAUGACACGGCCAACGGAGCCCUUGUGGAGGAUGGCGAUACCAUUGAGUCCGACAGAGAAGAGCUACCGACCGAGCCAUCGAGCAGCGGGUGCGCAUGGUUGCAUAGCUUGGGAUACGAGUUAUAUGUCGACAGUGGCAUGCCAGGGCACUACAUCUGGAUUGGAAAGCUUGCUCAAGGCGUUGGGCUUCUCUCCACAUAAUCUUUCCUCAAGCCUGCAAAAGAAAUGGACUGCCGGGACACGGUUUGCGGAGGGUUGGGUCUAUGAGCGAGACAACGCGAGACAAGCUAUUGCUCCAGUCAAGAUCAUAUGGUGCAUUCAGCCCGAGAAGGGGGCGUCGAGUGAAGAAGCUCUUCAAUCCGCAGACAAGAUGAACGUGGACGAGAAUAGCCAAGCUCCGACCUCAGAACCCCAGGCUCAGACCAAGCCGAAGACCAGACUCGACCAUCGAAUUUUGAUACGGAUACACCCUUCAGCAUUCCAUCAGUUCUGGCAAGAGCUGUUGAAAGUCGCGAAGAUGCAGAAACCGCAAGUACUGGUGGAAGAUUUACGCUUCGAGAUUGGCAGCAUUGACAUCCAGGGCCCAGGAUCAACAGAAUCCUUGCUAGGGGUCCUAAGACCGUUCUCCGAUACCGCCGACUCCAUUGCAGCUGCUUGGACUUUGCUGGCUGGAUUGAAUAAUCCUGCUGCCUUGCCACAAAAUGCGCUGCUUGCAUUUGACAUGAAAGAUCCGCGACUCAAUCAUCCUCCGAAACAGGUGAAGAUUUCACAAAGCCCCGAUACCAGCCAGCUUGAAGAGUUGUUAGUAUCUUGGCCCGUGGACGAACAGUUGACAUCCUCUCGACUUACAUCACACAAGGAGCGUUGGCGGGUGAGCGAGUCAUUACCGUCACAAAAAGCGAUCAAUCGUCGAAGAGCACUUGCACCACCGGGUCAAACACCAGCUAUCUCGGCUAAGGAUCCGCGGAUACCUGUCAUUGUUAUCGCGUCGAGAUCAGAAGAUCGCUCCAACUCCAAAGCCUCCAAUUCUCAGGGAAUGUGGACUGUCCUCCUGCCAUGGACUUGCGUUGAUCCGGUAUGGCGCUCGCUGAUGUACUAUCCACUUUCAUCUGGCGGGACGCCGCGUUUUGGAGGCAUGAAGCAGAAGCAGCAAAUGGCUUUCGAACAGAAAAUACCAUGGUUUCCAGGCGAUCUUCCUGGCACCGAAGCUGGGAGGGCAUGGGAGCGCACUGAAAGCGAGAACAGGUUCGACGAGUGGAUCCGUAGACCACCAAAGAACAGGAUUGCUUGGGACAGGGUGGAUCUAGGCCUGGGCAAGCACGGAGAAGUCGGGCAAGGCUGGACUUGCGACUGGGAAUUUCUGUUUGAAAGUCCAAAAGAGCAUGCUGAUCAAGAUUUCAAGCCUGGUUCUGAGCACGCGAAGGCUAAGUCCAACCAGCAGAAGCCACUACUGUUGACGCAACGGCAACGCAAGGCCGCAAAAGCAGAAGCAGAAGCAGAAGCAGAAGCAAUGGCGAAAGAAGAUGGAGCACGUCGACGCGACACCUCCAGUCCUGAAAGCGACGAAGAGGACAUUCAUCCGCCGACACUUAUCUCCGAACCACAAUACACUCAGCUCUCUGGUGGCGCAAGUAUUUCUCUUCUGAAGACGCUCUCCUCGACCAGUCUGCCCUCUAUCCCUGCCCUGAUGACGAUCCGCAUCACGCUGCUCGAUAAAGGCACCCCCGCACCUGCAGCUCGAAUAUACAGACUUCCAUCACUUCCCAAACCCGCCGCCAAACCUACCGUCACAGCAACCACGGAACCGAAGCUUGCCUCGCAAGACCAAUCUCAAAGUUGGUCCACCGAACCACCGCCAGCACAGCAUCCUCCCGCCACGAGCACGACAGAUUCGUCCGUCUUCUCCAGCGCCAGCGCAAUGCAUGACCUGCGCAGUCGUUGGCUCGCUCUCGACACCAAAUCCGACAGCAUCUCCAACUCGAAAAGUCGUCUUUCCAAACAAAAGACCAACAAGUUCGGAUUACCUCGCCAACAGCGCGUCUAUCCCCGAGAAUCACUCGCUCGAAUCAACGUUCUGCCCAAGAAUGCCCCACAAGAGAUUGUGGACAAGUUUGGUCCGAACAGUGCGUUUGGCCGCGGUGACGGUGAGAUCCCGAAAGAGAAGCCUCCGGCGCCGAAAACGACGCAAAAUAAGAAACGUGGUGGCAAGACGAGCGAUCCAUCUGUCAAGACUACCACCAAUGAUCAUUCUUCGUCGGAAAAGAACGCAAACGAAGCCGGCUACCUCGAUCCGGACGACGGCCCUGCUCCAUCGGCGCCCCUGCAAGAGUUUCAAAAGCUUCUCAAUGCAUCGCCUCCCGAGCAUGAGUGGUCGAAACACCCACCCUGCCCUGAUGUGUGUGACUUGAUCGGCUUCGUCACUUCCGGUGGAUACAACCUGGCCGAGGGCUGUGGGACGGCGGUGGGAUCAAUCUGGGUGCAAAGGCUGGUUGAAGGCUGGAAGCAAGAGGAUGGCGAAAACAAGACGCAGACGGACAGGCAGAGGAGAUUGUGCAUCGUGCGCAACGCGGGUGAAAGUAUAGGACGGUUGGGCGUCUGGGAGGUCUGCAGUUGAUCGAUCGAUCAUCACUACAUCGUAUCUAGAGGAGCAGAACGCGCACCGGUGUGGGUAUACAACAGGGGUACUGUGCCUGGGCUGUCUUUUGUGUCUAAUGUAGCCUGUAAGAGUUGGAUCCAAAGCAGAGUUUCCGGAAGAUGCUCGAUAGGACAAACGUAGUAGAGCAAAUAGGACCUUGGGAAAGUUAUCAUCAUCGUCAUCAGCUUUUUCG